UCUCACUGUUAUGUUGUUGACUCGUACGGCUGGACAGCACGUAUCAUUUAACCAAACCGUUAAAAAAAUUAUAGUGACAAACACUUUUUCUCAAGAACGAAAAUUUAAAAAGUAAAAUGAAUAAUAAACAAAAAGUUUGCGCUCUUUCCAAAAUGUGAACUGUUUAGAAAAACGAAAGAGGUUGCAUGCUUUUUUACGGUUUCAGCGGGAAAAGUUCGGCUAAAAAGUUUUCUGAAAAAAGAGACAUUAAAAGACAGUCAAAAUGUAUCGAUUUAUAGUGUUUGCGGUUUUGUUUAGGAAUUGUCUAGCUGUGAUAUACUCGAUGAAUGAGACUGAAUACAACAGAAUGCCGCCACUGUUUGCGCUGGACGAUUAUUCGUCCUGCCUGGAGGGUGGCGGGGGACAUUAUUGCGUUGCUGACUUCGGUUUGGUCGGCCAUACCCCUCUGAUGCACAUGAUUAAGGAAUACUCAGAAUACCGGUUGAAACAUUACAAUCAUACUCAAAUACAUCGAGGGAUAUGUUUGACGAAAACCUGUCAAGAAUUCAGAAUAGAUCCCGUCUUUAAUAGUACAAGGAGCACAAGGAUGACCCUUGAGGCAUGCCUAAACGACACCAUUUACAGAGAAUACAAAUUGCAAGCGAAGGUAGAAAAUCUACGGUAUUGCAAAAGAUCGGAAGACAAAAGAACACUAGAUGGUUCUGACGUUGCAGUAGGCAUAGUUUAUUUAAUAAUAAUAGGUCUAAAUACCCUGGGGACCUUGUACGAUGAAUGUAGAAAGGAUAAGAAAUCAGGAAAUCCAUAUUUAUUAGCUUUUUCAUUACGCCGUAACUGGGCUAAAUUAGUAGCACCAAGCGGCAAAAAUCCAGAUCCGAGAAUGAGUAGAUUAAAAGUGUUUCAUGGGUUAAGGUCAAUGACAAUGAUCUGCGUUCUCUUCUCACACACGGUUCUUCUCAUAGCUUAUGCAUACAGUGAUAACCCAUUAUUUAUUGAAAGGGCAUACGAUGACCCACUGAAGCAGAUACUAUUCAACGGCAGCUUGGUGGUGCAUACUUUCUUUGUGACCUCAAGCUUUCUGAUGGCGUACAACUUACAAAUUGCCUCUGAAAAGAAAAACUUUUCGCUGAUGGCUUGGCCCCAAGGGAUAUUGAUGAGAUGGCUGAGACUGACGCCAGCAUACGCUUUAGUAUUGGCGACGAUAUCAACUUGGAUGCGGCAUUUAGGCACGGGUCCUCUAUGGGAUCUCGUGGUUGUCAGCGAAUCUAAUGCUUGCCGCCAAUAUUGGUGGGCGCAUCUCCUAUACAUCAACAACUAUGUGUACAAAGAUGCAUACUGCGCACCGCAAACAUGGUAUUUGGCAGCCGAUACGCAACUGUUCUGCCUAGGCUUGCUGCUCUGCUUAGCAUUCAAAACUUUGAAAUCUCGGCUAGCAGCCAUUGGCGUGGUGCUGUCAAUAGGCUUGAUCAUAGUCGCACUGCAUACUUACUUCGAAGACUUGGAUGCUGUGGUCCUUCAGAGCCCUGAAACGUAUCGUAACUUGUAUGCGACAGACAACACGUUCCGGCUGAGUUACAUCAGGGGACACACCAAUCUCUCCACUUACUGUUUGGGACUAACCGCCGGCUUCCUUACUUAUUACUGGCAGAACCAAAAGAAGCAAUACAACCAACGGAAGUACUUCCGCUACCUGAUAUGGUUCUGCGUACCAUUGGGCCUGAUUGUGAUCCUCACGGGCGGGUUCUUCUACAUGGACGGUUGGCAGCCGUCCUUAGGCGCGCGGAUUCUAUAUGCCGUCCUCUACAAGCCUGCGUUCCAGUUCCUCGUGUGCUGCGUCAUUUUCGGCGUCAUCUUCAAAGUUGAGACUUUGAUUCGCGGCAUCCUGGAGUGGCGGGGCUUCACGUGGAUGGGCCGCGUGUCGUACGGCACGUUCCUGCUUCACACGCUGUUUCAGCGCGGGUUUGUUGGCGGCCUGCCCCGGACCAUAUACCUCACCGAGUACUACGUAAUUUUGCUAUUGUCAGCAACGAUUUUCCUAUCAUUUGGUGGGGCAGCUUUGAUGUUCAUAAUGGUGGAAUCUCCAAUUGGAAGCAUCAUCAAGUUAGUGACCUCGGGCGGCAGGAAGAAGAAAACAGAAGGGGACGCCGAAAGGGCGUGAUUUAGACUCGUAAUAUGGAGAAGGCUCAAAGAUAUACUAAGUAUAAUAGGUUCUCAGAGAAGAAAGAGUGUAACACAUAUGUGUAGGUGUACGAAUAGAACAUUUUUUUAUGUAAACGUGUCUUGUGUGUGAUUAUAGACUAGGGUUAAUAAAUUAAUGAAAACAUU